AGUGACGGCGCGGGCCACGCCCCUCGGGCGUGAGGAGAGCUGGGCCCGAGCCGGCCUGGGAUCCCGCCGAGCCGAGCGCAGCGAGCGGAGCGCCUGGGUGGCGGCGGCGGCGGCGGGCGGCGCGAUGGCUCCGGCGGUGGACCGCGAGGGCUACUGGGGCUCCACGACCUCUACGCUGGACUGGUGCGAGGAGAAUUACGCCGUGACCUGGUACAUCGCCGAGUUCUGGAAUACAGUGAGUAACUUGAUUAUGAUCAUACCUCCAAUUUUUGGUGCAAUUCAGAGUGCUAGAGAUGGACUGGAAAAGCGGUACAUUGCUUCGUAUCUAGCACUAACAGUGGUAGGAAUGGGAUCCUGGUGCUUCCACAUGACUCUGAAAUACGAAAUGCAGUUGUUGGAUGAGCUUCCAAUGAUUUAUAGCUGUUGCAUAUUUGUGUACUGCAUGUUUGAAUGUUUCAAGAGCAAGAACUCAGUAAACUACCAUCUGAUUUCUGCCUUAGUUCUGUUCAGUUUAAUAGUAACCACAGUUUACCUUAAAGUGAAAGAGCCUAUAUUCCAUCAGGUCAUGUAUGGGAUGUUGGUUUUCACAUUAGUCCUACGAUCAAUUUAUAUUGUUACGUGGGUUUAUCCAUGGCUUAGAGGACUGGGUUAUACCUCCUUAGGUGUAUUUUUAUUUGGAUUUUUAUUAUGGAAUAUAGAUAACAUAUUUUGUGUUUCACUGAGGAACUUUAGAAAGAAGGUGCCACCUAUCAUAGGUGUCACCACCCAGUUUCAUGCAUGGUGGCAUAUUUUAACUGGCCUUGGUUCUUAUCUUCACAUCCUUUUCAGUUUAUAUACAAGAACACUUUACCUAAGAUACAGACCAAAAGUGAAGUUUCUCUUCGGAAUCUGGCCAGUGAUCAUGUUUGAGCCUCUCAGGAACCACUGAUGAAUUAUUCUACCAAGAACUAAAAUAUACCUACCAUAGGCCUCGCAAAAGGAAUAAGGAAAUCCUUAGAGAUCUUCAUGUUCAAAUAUAUCAUGUCCAUCGCAAUAAAGGAGGCCUUUUCUGGUUAA